GCUCUGCGUUCAGGCCAUCAUGGCGUCUCCCAGUGGGAAGGGAUCCUGGACGCCCGAGGCUCCUGGUUUUGGGCCGCGGGCGCUAGCUCGGGACCUGGUGGACUCGGUGGACGACGCCGAGGGGCUGUACGUGGCGGUGGAGCGGUGUCCUCUGUGCAACACUACUCGUCGGCGGCUGACUUGCGCCAAGUGCGUCCAGAGCGGUGAUUUCGUCUAUUUCGACGGUCGCGACCGGGAGAGGUUUAUUGACAAGAAGGAAAGGCUAAGCCAACUUAAAAGCAAGCAAGAAGAAUUUCAGAAAGAAGUGCUAAAAGCUAUGGAAGGAAAACAGCUAACAGAUCAGUUGAGAUGGAAAAUAAUGUCAUGCAAAAUGAGGAUUGAACAGCUGAAACAAACAAUAUGUAAAGGAAAUGAAGAAAUGAAGAAAAACUCUGAAGGCCUGCUCAAGAGCAAGGAGAAAAACCAGAAGCUGUGCAGCCGAGCCCAGCGGCACCAGGAGAAGAAGGAGAAGAUCCAGCGGCAUAACCGCAAGCUGGGGGACCUGGUGGAGAAGAAGACCCUCGACUUGAAGGGCCACCAUGAGCGGCUGGCACGGCUGCGGAGGUCCCACAUCCUGGAGCUCACCUCCGUCAUCUUCCCGAUCGAGGAAGUGAAGGCGACUGUGAGAGACCCUGCAGACGCGUCCUCAGAGAGUGACGGUGCCAUGUCCUCCAGCAUGGUGAGCAAACUUGCCGAGGCCCGGAGGACAACUUACCACUCCGGGAGAUGGGUCUGUGAUGACCACAACGGUGACACCAGCAUUAGCAUUACAGGCCCUUGGAUUAGCCUGCCCAACAACGGGGACUACUCUGCCUACUAUAAUUGGGUAGAAGAGAAGAAAACAACCCAAGGACCCGACAUGGAGCAUAACAACCCUGCCUACACCAUCAGCGCCGCGCUGUGCUACGCCACUCAGCUGGUCAACAUCGUGUCUCACAUACUUGAUGUCAAUCUUCCUAAAAAGCUGUGCAACAGUGAGUUCUGUGGAGAAAACCUCAGCAAGCAGAAGCUGACCCGCGCAGUGAGAAAGCUGAACACAAACAUCCUUCACCUUUGUUCUUCUCAGCACGUGAAUUUAGAUCAGUUACAACCACUGCAUACACUCAGGAACCUAAUGCACCUGGUCAGCCCUCACUCGGAGCACCUCGGCAGGUCAGGACCCUUCGAAGUCCGGGCAGAGCUUGAGGAGUCCAUGGAGUUUGUGGACCCUGGAGCUGCUGGAGAAUCUGACGUGAGUGGAGAUGAGCAUGUGAGUGACGAGGAGACUGACCUGGGCACAGACUGGGAGAACCUGCCAAGUCCGCGCUUCUGUGACAUCCCUUCCCAGCCGGUGGACGUUUCCCAGAGCCAGAGCAGCCAGGCGUCCCCACCUAUAGCCAGCAGCAGUGCCGGAGGGAUGAUCUCCUCUGCCGCGGCCUCUGUGACCUCUUGGUUCAAAGCUUAUACUGGACAUCGCUAGUGAGUGUGGACCAGAACAUGCUGGUUUUGUGUCACGAGAUCUUUCCCACUGCACUCUACUAACCUUGUCUGUGUAGUUACGGUAGUGCCUGGACCGCAGAGGGCUGACCUAUCAUCAGGAUAAGAUCAGUGACCUGGGCUUGUGGCCUCCUGGGCCCCUUAGACCCCACAGUGUGCUGGUCCCUAGGGUGCCCC